UGUAGAUGAGGAUGCGCAGCAGGCGUGGUGUGAAAGAUAGUAACAGCCACUUCCAUGAUCCUUCGCAAUCGCAGCACGAAGAACCACCAUGUUGUCGAUGUCAUACCUCGUCAUCUUUUUCGCAACAUCAAUCACAACGCGACCAGGAGUAUGGGCACGAAAGUCUCCAUCAACUACAUGUCACGCCUCUCAGUCUCAACAUGGCGAUGAGGAUGCUUUGAUUCGGAGUCUCGGUUUGGACAAGACAACCUCCUCAGACAGUCGCAGACGACCGUUUUACGUAGAGCUGGGUGCAUUGGAUGGCUUGCAGUACUCGAAUACUUUGCGAUUGCACAGCUGCUACAAUUGGACUGGGCUGCUGAUCGAGCCAGACCGUUUGAACUUUCGGAGUCUAGUAACGAAUACCCCAAGAUGGCGGCGUGGGUUUCGGAACGUCGUUAAUGAAGAGCGGGUCGAGAAGGACAUCCUUUCUGGUGGGUUGCAGAUGUUCAAUGGCGAUGUUGGAGAGGAUAUCUCAAGAACCGUAUUAACUACACGUAGAGCAGAUCAGGAUCAAGUUCAACAAAGGCAAAGCAGACCAUUAUACAGUGUCGAAGAUACCACCUUCAAACAAGGUCAUCAAGGUCUUCACCGUCCAUCCCACAAGCGACCCGACGUCCACCUAGUCCAAGCAGGUGUUUGCGAAAAGCCUAGAUGGAUCACCCUUCACUCUCACGCUCCGCGUGAGGAUGGAUAUCGUGCUGGACAGAUUAGUGCCAACCUGGCUGUGGCAGAAAAAUCUUUCCAAGAACUAUGGUACCCGGCCGUUGUGGGUCGUGCGGGAGCUACGGGAAGUGAAGAGCAAGAUACGGAUACAAGUACUACGGGAGAUGGCGCCGGUCUUGUUUUGGACGAAGCAGAUGGUGAAGGAGGGACAGCUGGAAGUCCCGCGGCGGCUGAGCGCAGUACUGGCUGGAGGAGUGCGAACAGCAAUAUCAGCAGUCGUGGUGGCGAACAACAAGAUAACAUAGAACAUUGUUCAUCGUGUACGUCGACAUCAAGGAGCGUCAGCGGGAGAAGAAAAAACUACGUUAUCAAAGGCAGACAAGCCGAAGCAGGAGCAGACGAGAACUCAAACUUCUUGGCUGACCUUUUGGUGCAAGAAGGCAUUCCUUGCGUACCGUUACAGGGUAUUCUUGAUCUCUAUGUACGGCAUGAGAAGAAGAUCGAGAUCGACUUCCUGAGUUUGGACGUAGAGGGUGCGGAGCUUGAGACUUUGCGGUCUCUAGAUACAGACAAAACCUUUAUUCACAUGGCUCUGGUGGAGGUCAAAGGCCUACAUUUUAUGGCUGAGGAAAUGAGGGAGCAGUUCAAAGAGGACCUACGAACGCGUGAGGAAGAGGGCAGGGAGGACAAGACUGCAAGCACGGAGGACGAGGCCGAUAGCGGAUCAAGAAUACAAAGCAUAUGGCACAACAUCAUUAUUUAUACAACCACAUUAAUGAGAGCGAGGAAGUUGUUUCUACACUGUGAGUUUGCUUUAUUUCCUCUGAUUUUCACUUCUUGAGUUAUUUAUUUCUGGGUAUCCUAUAACGAGAACAACGGGGGCGUAGUUGUUGCUGCAGCAAAGACUGCUACAUAACUAAGAAAGUGCUCUAAAAUGCGCGGUGGAAGAGUACAUGGCCGAAGUGGUACUUCCGCUAUUUUUGGAGACAGGCACGUCGUCGGAAAAGCAUGAGGAGCAGGAGCUUCAUCUCUACUCCUCGUACCAGGAAGCACACAAACGGUAUGGCUAUGGAGCAAGUAGUACACACGCAGAUGAUGGCGUUGGCACGACGAGUGCGGUUCUCUCAUCCUUAUGAUGUGGUUGUUGCUCUUUCACUUUCUUUACUUGUUAGUGUCAGGGAAGAGGUGCAGGAGGAGGAGCAGCUUCUUCGCGCGUACAACUAACGUGAUAAAAAAUGAAAAAAAAAUCGAUAAGUGAUUUCCCUUAAGUAGUACAACUACAAAGUACAAAAGGUUAGUAAGCAGUUCCCACGCCCACCUACUACAGGUAUAGAUCAAUAUCGCACCCACAACUACUCAAGCGUUCAUGUUCAUCUUCUCAAGAAGAACAACAAAAAUCACUUAUUAUAAUUAUAAUACACUUUCUUCCCAACAUCUUCUUGUUCUUGUCCUCGUCUUGCUCUUCAUUCGCGAAAGACCUCAGUAUUAUCCGAUGGUUUAUGACGAGGGAUUACGUGUGGAUUCGCUGGUCGCAAAUUCCUGUGGGACUCACGGAUUUGCUCUUCAUCCAUCGCAAGAGUUUCUAUUUGCAAAGGGUGACGAGAGUUGCUGAUCAAAGUAAGUGACGAAGACGAGAUGGAGGAUGUUGCAUACGAGUCGAACCACAAUGAGCGAUCAACAAGGAAUGAUGGUAUUUGAUCGACGCGAAUCAUUCAAACAAGUGAAAACUGGAGGAGGCUUGUUUGGGGAGGUCGUGGUGUCUGUUUCAAAAAAAUGAUGAAAGAAAUGUAGCAGGCAUGCAACACGGGGGGACAUGUCGGGUACGGGGAGCUCAGCCUUUUCGCAUAAAAGUGACGUCGUAUAUUCUUCAUCCAGCAUUUUCCAAUUUUUUAUAUCAGUGCUUCUGGAGAAGAAUACCUCGAGAUCAGUAUCCAGCACUGCUCCGAUGUAAACUAUCUGCAACUGCUCUCGUCCUCUUCCCUUGGUCUCUUCAACGUGAAUGCCUUCCACACUCUCCUCGCUUUCCCACAUGAGC